AUGCAUCCCACAACACUUGGAUCGUUCCUAACCGCUGCCGUGUUCGCAGCAACUGGCAAUGCUAUCAGUUUAUUUGUGGCAGAUUCAGGUGGUAACUUGACCACGCUGGCCCUUACCGAGUCGCAGAAAGGCUUCGAUCUUUCAGUCACCUCGAAAUCGUCAGAAUGCAAGGACAAUCCGUCUUGGCUGACACUUGACAAAUCGAGCAGGGUGCUUUACUGCCUCGACCGAGGUGGUAACGGCGCAUUGUCUGGUUCACUGAAUUCGUUCUCGAUUGGCGAACGCGGUGCUCUGAAACACAUCGCGCGGGUAAAGGCGCCUGCGAGUGGUGUGGCCGGCGAUAUAGUCAAGGGCGCAAAUGGACGACGUGGUUAUUUCAGUGCCUCGUACACUCCUGGCGUAGCAGCUGCAUACGCCCUCGGUGCCAAGGGUGCUCUACCAGGGACUGAGCCACUGCAACAGAUCUUUACAAACAUCACCCAGAUUGGCCCAAUUCCAUCACGACAGGAGGCCAGCCAUCUUCACCAUGUGAUUAUCGACCCCACUGGAAAGUACGUUGUCACUCCAGACCUCGGUGGUGAUGUCUGCAGGGUAUGGUCCUUCGAUAAAAAGAGCAUUGCUCCCAUCGCCGAGGCGGGCACGUUGAAAGCGCCUGCUGGCGCUGGACCUCGCCACGGAUUCUUUAGGAAAAUGAAGAAUGGGGACACUUUCUUCUUCUUCAAUGGCGAGUUAGAUCAGAAGAUUUACUCCUACCGUGUCAAAUACGAACGUGCUAGCCUCUCGUUCAAAAAGGCUUUUGAGAUCACGUCGCUGAACGCCACGUUCCCUUCUAAUACCGCUCCUAUUAGCGAGAUCGCAAUGAGUCCCGACAAUCGGUUCUUGGUUGUUUCGAACCGGGAGAAAUCUUUCGCUACGUCCCUUCAGGCCGGGUCUGGGCCUUCAGAUACGCUUACGACUUUCUUUAUCAAUGAGGACGGUAGUCUGAAGCCUGUACAGGCAGCUCCAUCUGGUGGAUGGCUCCCCCGCCAGUUCUCUUUUAACAAGUCCGGCGAUAAAAUUGCCGUUGGCCAUCAGGUCAACCAAACUGUGGUAAUCUGGAAGCGAGAUGUCCAGACUGGAAAGAUUAUUUCUGAGGAGAAGGGCGGGAAGUUGGCAGAGGUUAUACUCACAGGGCCUGUGGUGGCAACUAUUUGGGACGAAUAA